GCCGCCACGACCGAGAAGACGGCAAUGCUCAAAGUGUUUGCAGGUCUGGAGGUGGCCGUAAUGAUCAUCAUGAUGAUCUUAGGGAUCGUCAUGGCUUCCUACAGAAACAAGGUAAAGGUGUCCUUUGAGAACAUCUCUCCUGACAUUGUGGGAGAGAUGAUGGCAGAAAACAAUAUACGAGAAAUCCUCAACGACGCCCAAGGGCCGCUCCAGUGCUGUGGCUUUAUGAGCUAUCAGGACUGGGGUAACAGCAUCCCUGGAUCCUGUAAGUGUUCAGAAUCCACUUUCUGCACAAACCGCCCAGGGAACUUGGACGGUCCAGCUAUCAUCUACUCCAGGCCGUGCUUCCCCAUCGCGUCUGACCUGCUGGAUCUGGCCUUGACGGUCUCCAUGGGUGUCUUGUUUGGCUUCGCUGUCACCGCUCUCCUCUGCCUUAAGGCAAGCCUCCUGAUGAUUCGUCAGGUCAGGCGUCACAACGGCGGUCGCGGAGGACAGGCCAUCGCCAUGACGGCUCCUGGGUACAAGCUGACCCCUGGCAUCUGACCUCUGAACUCACGCCUGAUUUCUGCUUCUGUAAAUGAGUCCUGCGCUAUGAUGUCAAUAGUUACAUGAUGUCAAUAGUUUCACUCGUGUUCCCAUUAAAGAAAACAAUACAUUUGUUCCUCACCAUUAA